AUGCCGUCUUUCAAAGAUGAACACAUACUGAUUAUUGCGCCAGGGUCGCAAACUACCCUGGCGCAAUUGGGUCUCCCAGAGUCGUUCACUCCAGCCAAGUUCCGUUUCCCAACUCGCAUGUUCCCGGCUGAAAAAAAGGGAGAAUGGGAGCCGCUUAAGAUACGCCAAAGAGUCAUCACUGUAAAAAAAGCUGUCGUUAAUGACUCAGCUGCUCCGAAAGACAGCGCCGCUCCUCCAGCUGGGGCCGUUGAAUCCAAUGGCGCCGAGAAGGCGCAGGACACGGACAUGAAAGAUGCAUCGGACAAUGGGCAGCAGACCGUACAGCAGGAGGAUGCGCAACCCGAGACAACCUAUGUUGAGGAGGAGCAAGUCAUUUAUGAGGAGGAUCCCACUUCCGAUGAAGGAGCCGUAUAUCCCAUACGAGGCGGAGCCGUUGUCGAUUGGACCUGCUUUUUCGCACUCUUAACACAUAUUUAUAAUACGCUGAGCCCUCCGUUCCACACCCCGAUUCUGCUCAUUGCGGAACCCGUCUGGACCGCGCGUGACCGCGAGACCCUGACGCAAUUCAUCUUUGAGAAAUUCAAAACUCCAGCGUUUUGUUUGAUGGACUCUGCCUUGGCCGUCUGCUACGCCUAUGGAACUGCAAAUGCGACAAUUAUUGAUAUCGGCCACGAAAAAGCGGACGUAACGGCUGUGACGGAUUUUAUUGUCAGUGAACAUGGGAGAGGCAUCGCGUUACAUGGUUGUGGUGGUGAGGCUAUGACUAGUCGUCUUUUUGAGCUGUUACAGCCGAAAGGGUUCACACGAGAAAUGUGUGAGCAGUUAAAAAAGAGUAGUAUAUGCGAAAUUCUACCAUCCGGGACACCGCUCCCCGGGCGCGGACAAGAAUUGGAACCACCUAAAGCUCUAGCGCCUCCUGGGAAGGGGCCGGAUAUGGGUCGGAAUGUUGGCGGCGGCGAUAUUGAGGAUGACGAGGGUAUCAUCGAUGUGGCCUCCAUUGUGACCGGGAACACGAGCGAGUACCUGGCAAGGAGAGAGAAGGAGAGGGCGGAGAAGGAAAAGGCAGAGAAAGCCGCCAGCCGGAAAGGACAUGGGGGAGACUCUGCUGCUGCUGCAAAACUUGCUCGUUUACCCAACUCUAAAAAAGAGAAGGCGCCGUUUCAAUUUCAAGAGUACAAACCGAUCCAAACGAAAGAUAUAAAUGGCCAGGCCAUAACGCAGUACGUUUUGCAUAAACGGGAUAUUGAGGUUGGAACAGAAAGGUUUUUAGCAGCCACUUCGAGUGAUGCCAAAACCGGCGAACUCGGCUCUUAUGGAAUUCUCGAUACUCUAGCAGCCCAGAUACACCAUACGAUCCACUCAGUCCCUGACGCUUCGAAACGGAGCGAGCUGUGGGACUCUAUGAUUAUCCUUGGGAAUGGCAGUAAAAUCCGAGGAUUUCCCCAGGCGCUUGUCUCCACGAUAACACAAAAGUACGUGCUAUCACCCUCGGGCACCAUUUUCACUUCUGAAAUCCCAUCCGCUCUCUCUACUCCACUCCCCACCGGAGGUACCAACACCCCCGCCCAACACAUCAAUCCUAGCCCGUUGCUCCAUCCCGCCGCGCACGGAGUAAAUCCCCUCCUGGUAGCUGCUACUCAUGCAAACGCCCCAGUGGCUCCUAACCAUCUGAAUCCAAACAUGAACCACUCAGCGGACCCGAAUGCUUCUGCGUACCAUCGGUCAACAGGCCAUUCUCAAACACCAACAUCAGUCAAACUUCUCAAACCCCCAGAGUACUUUCCGGAAUGGAAAGACCAGGGAAGCGGCGGUGGUUCUGCGGCAGCAACAGCAGCCAACAAUGCUGCUAGCAGUGGAGGUGCCGUGACAGGAGUGGCGACAAGCUCAAACAAUAUUGGCAUGGAAGAGGCAACGUUCCUUGGGGCACAGGUCGCAGCGAAAGUAAUAUUCGUUGUUGAUCAGGGUCUGAGCAAAGGCUUCCUGAGUCGUGUUGAGUACAACGAGACAGGGCCCACGGCGAUUCACGACUACUUGUUAUAA